AUGGACAGCACCACACCACUUGUCAAUUUGCCUCGUCAAGGGCGUACCGAGAUGCAGUCGAGCGUCUUCGCCCUCGAGUUCGUUGGCAGACCCAACGCCAAGCACCGCGCGCGCAAGGAGCGCAGACGCAUAGCAAGACUGCGAUCUGUCCUGAGAUGGCGACGCGCGGAGCGAGAUCUGCUGAGGAAGUUGUCGCUACAACAGAAGCGCCUUCGCCUCCAUGUCGACUCUCGUCAGUGUCGACCUCUCCCUGCCACGCGUGACACCAACCUCCACGUCCAGCAACAGCUCGAGCCAAGUCCCGACGUGACGGCGUUCGAGCCCACUGAGCCUCGCAACGACCUGCUGCACUUCUUCUCUGGAGGCGGCUGGCUCAUGGUCUACAUGUACGGCGUGUGCAAGGCGCUGCGCGAGCUCAAGGUGGACGAGCGCGCCAAGUUCAUCGGCACGUCCGCCGGCUGCCUGGCCAUCGUGUCGCUCGUCCUCAAGUCGGACUUCGACGAGAUCUGCGACUCGGUCGUCGACGACUACGUGCCGGCCGCCCACGCGAGCUGGAGGGGCCCGUUCCGGAUGCGCGACUACCUCAUCGACGCCGUCACGCGCCACGGCAACGCCAACAACAUCCAUGAGCUGCAGGGCAAGGUCACAAUCGUGUACACGUCGCUGUCGGCUUGGGUCGCGCGCCGCGUCUCGCGCUUCAAGAACCCGCUGCACCUGCUGCAGACGAUGGUGGCCUCGUGCUGCGCCACGCCGCUGCCGCUGUUCGAACACGGCGUCCGCACGAUCACCGUCACGCCCAACGUCUUCGUGCCGCCGUGGUGGUCCAUGUACCCUCCAUCGCAGCGAGAGAUGCGGUGGCUGUACGACCUGGGCUACGAGGACGGGCUGUCGUGGUGUGUGCGCCAGGGGCUUCCAGGGUCGGAGAGCAUUGAGUUGCCGACCAAGGCUGCGACGUACAGGGGCGAGUGGAAGACGGUCGUUGGGCAAGUGGUGGGCUACCGGUCGGUGGAAGAUGCGGUGCUGGCUAUGGCGGGACUGCUGCUGCUGUCGGAGGAGACGGUCACGAGCACUGUGAUCCGACUGGAGAUCUUGCUGUGGAGGCUGGUGGCGGUUGUCGCCGCUCUGUUGGAGUGGAGCACGGUGCUCUGGACGGUCUUGGCUGGAGCAACGCUGAUGGGGCUGGCGAUGCUGGAUCAGCACUGCACGCUGAAGUUCGUGGUCGUGCUGGGGGCGCACUUGAUCGUGGCAGUGUUGAAGCUGAAGGAGGCUUGCUGGCAGGUCCACUCGUCGCCUCACUGGCAAGAACUGCGAGACUCGCUCGGUGCGAUGGAGAAGCAAACGACAACGAGCAAGGUCGGACCCACUCCCCAGCAGGAGGCAAUGCUGGCGAAGUGGUCGUAUGUGUACCGAUUCAGUAGUUUGUUGGUGUGA